GAUCAAUCCUGCCCAUCCCUGCAGGACUUUACACACCACUCCCUGCCUGGGUGAUCCAACUGUAAUGCUCUGACCAGGUCAGACAGGCUCUCGCUUCAGAGCACAGCUGAGGACUGUGCUGUCGAUCAACCAAGACAGGUCUGGCUUCUUUAGUUCUGCUGUGGAGCUACGUGGCUAAUGCAGCUAACAAGUACAAUGGUGGAUGGAGCAAAGUACUUGAGCUCUUACAUACUGACAAACCCUGCGAGCCAGUUCUCCAGUCUAGAUGCAUAAAAAUGAUGCUGAUGACUCUUAAAAUAGGUUUAUUUUAGAGGCUUUUGUUUCCCUGAAUAUGUCAGAGCAGCUCUGUGUUAAGUAGGCAUUGAAGGAUCUUUACUGUUCAGCUGGACUCUGAGUCAAAUGCACUGUCGGAGGGGGAGCAACUGUGGACCCCUCACUUAGAACACUUAGAAAAGGACUUAAUCCUUGACAAUCAUCGGACAUGACUUGAAAGUGGAGGAAUCGGCCUCCUCCGAAGCGGGCAGCAGCAGGAAAAGAUCUGUUGUUGUGUUUGGAUAAUGAGAGAGUUCCUCCCCACCCAAAGCCCCGGAGCUUGGCCUGCUCUUUGGCAAGAGGAAGUGAAUCACAAACACUCUCUCUCUCUCACUCUCCCCUUCCAAACCCCCGCACUGCUCCCAGUCUCUGGUGCUCGGACACAAAAAAAAGUGCUCGUGGACUUUAGCCCACCAUGCUACGAAAGCAAACAGUAAACCAAUUGAAUGUUGCCUGCCAAAGAUGUGAUCACUUCCAUGUUCUUCUUUGGACCAAAAGCUUCUCCAACACACCAAGGCCUAAUUGUUUUAUUGCUCUCUUGUUAUCAUAACUGCCAAGGAGGACUGCUUUAAGGCUCCGCAAGCUCUCGGAGAAGACAGAAGAUCAGUCGACAGCCUGAAGUUAAGCAUUAACCGCAUUGACAUUCACCAACACUGUACCCUUGUGAGGUGUCCACAAGACCUUGGUCUUUUUGUGCUUCACGGCUUUUGAGUGACUCUGGGAAUCGAGGCCAGAGAUCGUUCGUGGUCUGCCGAGUCGGGACGGGGGGGCAUCACCUCCAUUUGUGGUGCUAAUCGGAGGUGAAACAGGAGAAACAUGUCGGCUGCCCUGGAUGAAUACUGCGGCUCCAUUUUUUGGAAUGACUCUUUCCUGGAUCGUCCGGAUCCGGACCUGCCGGUGUGUGUGGAGAGGACGGUGCUGGUGUGGGUGCCGCUGGCUUUCCUGUGGCUCUGCGCUCCCUGGCAUUUGGCCAUUCUCUUCAAGAAGAAACCUCCCAAAGCUCCGUUCUCCAAGCUCUACAUCUGCAAGCAGGUCCUGGCGGGAUUGCUGUUCCUGACAGCCGUCGCCGCACUCGCGCUCACUCUUGGUGAAGAUUACGGGCCAUCAAGUGACUCAUUGGCUCUGAAAAACCCUGUGGUGCUUUAUGUUAAUCCUGUGCUCUUCGCCGUCUCUUGGCUGCUGGUGAUGCUGCUCCAGGAAGCUGUGAGACGCAGGGAGAAGACUGUAGAUUCUGGAAGCCUCUUUCUCUUCUGGCUUCUGCAGGUCAUCUGUGAGAUCUUCCCUUUCCAGACCUUGCUGAGACAGGCUUUAACAGAGGAGGGGAUAUCGGAUCUUCCCAGGUUCUGUCUCUUCUACAUAACCUUCGGCCUGCAGCUGGUCGCUUUGGUUUUGUCAGCCAUAGCAGACGUUCCAACUGAUCUGAAGGAAGUAGUGAAACGGAAUCCAGAAGCUGGUGCUGCAUUUGUUAGUAGGAUCACGUUCAACUGGUUUAACCGGAUGGUCAUCAACGGCUUCAAGAGACCGCUGAUUCAGGAGGACAUGUGGGACUUGAACGAGAAGGAUGGCACUAGCCACAUCAGCCAGGAGUUUGAGGAGGUCAUGAACCAGGAGUUGAGGAAAGCUCGCAUCAGAUUACAGAGGAAGCAGAGCAAGAAGAAAUCCAAGUCAAAGUCAGGGCCUGACCAAAACGGCCUGGCCAAAGGAAUCAGUCAGGAUGUCCUGGUCAUGGAGGACACAGGAGAAAAGGCAGAAAAGAAGAAGAAAAAGAAGAAAGAAAAGAAGCCUGACAACUCAAAUUAUCCCAAGUCCUGGCUGGUGCCUUCCAUUCUGAAAACGUGUAAAUGGAUCCUUAUAGAAUCGGCCAUCUUCAAGCUGCUGCAGGACCUGCUGGCCUUUGCGAGCCCUCAGCUGCUAAAGGUCAUGAUAUCCUUCACUCAGGACAAGACCAUUUUCAUGUGGCAGGGGUACAUUUAUGCAGUGCUGCUCUUGAUCGUGACGUUCCUACAGUCAGUGUUCCUCCAGCAGUAUUUCCACCGCUGUUUUGUGCUGGGAAUGAAAGUUCGCACUGCCAUCAUGGCAGCUGUUUAUAAGAAGGCUUUGGUUGUGUCCAACGACGCUCGCAAGGAGUCCACUGUUGGAGAGACAGUGAAUCUGAUGUCAGCUGAUGCUCAACGCUUCAAUGAUGUCACUAACUUCAUCCACCUCUUGUGGUCGUGCCCACUGCAGAUCAUUCUGUCUAUAGUUUUUCUCUGGCUCGAGCUGGGGCCAUCUGUCCUGGCUGGCCUGUUGGUCAUGGUGCUUAUGGUUCCCAUUAACGGACUGCUGGCAACCAAAUCUAAAACCUUCCAGAUGAAAAACAUGAAGCUGAAGGACAAACGCAUGAAAAUCAUGAAUGAAAUCCUGAAUGGUAUCAAGAUUCUCAAGCUGUACGCCUGGGAGCUGUCUUUUGAGGCUCAGGUUCAGGGCAUCAGAGAGCAGGAGCUGAAGGUGAUGAAAAAGUUUGCCUACCUGUCGUCCGUCUCCACCUUCAUCUUCUCCUGCGCUCCAGCUCUGGUGUCCUUGGCGACCUUUGCUGUUUUUGUGUCGGUCAGUUCAGAUAACAUCUUGGACGCAGAGAAAGCUUUUACGUCCAUUUCUCUCUUCAACAUCCUGCGUUUCCCACUUGGCAUGCUCCCCAUGCUGAUCUCUAGCAUGGUGCAGACAACUGUGUCUAAAAAAAGGCUGGAGAAGUUCCUUGGUGGAGAGGACUUGGACCUGAUGGCAGUGCAGCAUGACAACAGCUUCCAAACUGCAGUGACUGUGAGCAACGGCACUUUUGCCUGGGGCAGCGACGCCGAGCCGGUUCUGAAGAAUGUGUCUCUGGACAUUGCUCCGGGUCGUCUGGUGGCUGUGGUGGGAGCGGUGGGGUCAGGCAAGUCCUCCUUGAUCUCAGCUCUGCUGGGCGAAAUGCACAACCAUUCCGGCUCUAUCAACAUCAAGGGAAAUGUGGCAUAUGUGCCUCAACAGGCUUGGAUUCAGAACGCCACCCUAAAGGACAACAUACUGUUUGGCUCUGAUCUGGAUGAGAAUAAGUUCCAGAGGGUAGUGAAGGCCUGUGCUCUGGAACCAGACCUGGAGCUGCUGCCAGGAGGAGUCCUGACUGAAAUUGGAGAGAAAGGCAUCAACCUGAGUGGAGGGCAGAAGCAGAGGGUGAGCUUGGCUCGGGCAGCCUACAGCUCAGCGGACGUGUACCUGCUGGACGACCCGCUGUCCGCCGUGGACUCCCACGUGGGGAAACAUCUGUUCGAGAGGGUGAUUGGCCCCAAAGGACUACUUAAGAAUAAGACUCGUAUUCUGGUGACCCAUGGGAUCAGCUUCCUGCCGUAUGUGGAUGAGAUAGUUGUGUUGGUGGAUGGCGUGGUGUCAGAGGUUGGCUCUUACAGCAGUUUGCGGGCCAGCAAGGGAGCUUUCUCAGAGUUCCUGGACACAUAUGCAAAAGAGGAGAGCAAUAAGUCUGAUGAUUGGAAGGAAUCAGCAUCAGACACUGAGCAGAUGGAUGUCGUGCCAGAGGGUCAGGACCCGCAGGCCGACAGCCCCCCCGAGGACGUGGUCUCUGUCACAUUGAAGAGAGAAAACAGCUUACGCCACAGCCAGCGCCAUGCCACGCGCAACGGCAGCAUAAAAGUGAGACGCAACAGCUCAGCUAGAAGUAAAAAAGACUCAGAGGUGACAAAGAAAGGCCAACGGCUGAUUGAGAAAGAAGCAAUGGAGACUGGAAAGGUGAAGUUCUCUGUGUACAUGCAGUAUCUGAGGUCUAUGGGCUGGGGUUAUGCCACCAUGUUUGUUGCAGUCUAUUUCGUCCAGAACGUGGCCUUCAUUGGCCAGAACGUGUGGCUGAGCGAAUGGACCAAUGAUGCUGUUAGGUAUCCCAAUGAAAGCAGCUACCCCGCCCAUGUCAGAGAUAUGAGAAUUGGUGUCUUUGGAGCUCUUGGAAUUGCACAAGGUUUACUGGUGUUUGCGGGCACUCUGCUCCUGGCUGACGGAGCUAUCUGUGCCUCCAGGACUCUACACACUCAACUUCUGUCCAACAUCCUCAGAGCGCCAAUGCUGUUCUUUGACACGACGCCGUCAGGCAGGGUGGUCAACCGCUUUGCAAAGGAUAUAUUUACCGUGGAUGAGAUGAUCCCUAUGUCUUUCCGCUCUUGGGUCCUUUGUCUGCUGGGAGUUCUUGGCACGUUGUUCGUCAUCUGUCUCGCCACUCCGCUUUUCACCGCGAUCAUUGUGCCUCUCGCAGUGGUCUACUACUUUGUUCAGAGGUUCUACGUGGCCACGUCCAGGCAGCUGAGGCGGCUAGACUCCGUAUCCCGCUCUCCCAUCUACUCCCACUUCGGAGAAACAGUCGCAGGCCUCUCCGUCAUUCGAGCCUAUGGGCACCAGGAGCGCUUCCUGGAACGCAACAAAGUCACCAUUGAUGACAACCUGAAGAGCGUCUACCCUUGGAUUGUUUCCAACAGAUGGCUAGCCAUGAGGCUGGAGUCCCUGGGUAACCUGGUGGUGUUUUUCUCAGCGUUGUUUGCGGUGAUAUCUCGAGACUCCUUGGACAGCGGCUUGGUCGGGCUAUCCAUCUCCUACGCCUUAAAUGUGACUCAGACUUUGAACUGGCUUGUAAGAAUGACCUCAGAGCUGGAGACCAACAUUGUGGCGGUGGAGAGAGUCAGCGAGUACGCAGAGAUCAAAAAUGAGGCUGCGUGGACCACAGAUAACCGUCCUCCGGAUGACUGGCCCUCUGAAGGGAAGGUUCAUUUUGAGGACUAUAAGGUCCGGUACCGGCCCGAGCUGGAGCUGGUCCUGCACGGCGUAACCUGUGACAUUGAAAGCACUGAGAAGAUUGGCAUUGUGGGUAGAACCGGAGCAGGAAAGUCCAGCCUGACCAACUGUCUGUUCCGCAUCAUUGAGGCAGCCGAUGGACAAAUCCUCAUAGACGGGGUCGAUAUUGCUAAUAUAGGGCUGCAUGACCUCAGGAGCAGACUGACCAUCAUUCCACAGGACCCGGUGCUGUUCUCCGGGACUCUGCGGAUGAAUCUUGACCCCUUUGAGAAGUUCAGCGAUGAGGACAUCUGGAAAGUCCUGGAGCUGGCUCAUCUGAAGGACUUUGUGGGGAGUCUGGCAGCAGGACUGCAGCACGAGGUCGCAGAAGGAGGGGAAAAUCUCAGUGUGGGCCAGAGGCAGCUGCUGUGUCUGGCCAGGGCUCUGCUCCGCAAGUCCAAGAUCCUGAUCCUGGAUGAGGCCACUGCAGCCGUGGAUCUAGAGACAGACGACUUGAUCCAGACCACCAUCCGCCGAGAGUUCUCCCACUGCACCGUGCUCACCAUCGCCCAUCGCAUCAACACCAUCCUGGACAGCUCACGGGUAAUGGUUCUGGAUGCCGGGAAAAUAGUGGAGUUUGAUCCCCCUGGAGUACUGCUUGAGAAGCAGGGCCACUUUUUUGCCCUAGCCAAAGAAGCUGGGGUCAUUUCGACACAGUACACGGCCCUGUGAGCUUUACAGGAGCGGUAACCCAGUGGACAGAGCGCUUGGUUGUGAAACUAAGCAAUGAUCCUGGUCAGUGAAAUUCUGCUGUUGUGUCCACAAGCAGGGCACUUAGCUCAGUGUUGCGCUGGGCAGACUGUAGCUGUAAUUAUAAGUCCGUUCAACGAGCUGUUGAAGAAGCUUCACGCUGCUGAAAUCAGUUUUUUGACCUGCUUUAUUUUAAAGAAAUGAAGGAAUUAAGAGGAAUAGAGUCUGUGAAGUCUGGUCGACCUUUUCUACUGUAUUUUAUUCUUGUUUGUGUUUGUGUGCAAUCUAUUUAGUCGUAAUAAAGUUUUCAAAGUUUUUCA